AUGGGUUCAGCGAAAAAUGUAUUUUUUAUUGUUGUUUUCUUAAUUUACCUUGCCUCGAUAAUAGCCAACGUUUCUAUGAUGUUUUUGAUUUACUUUGACACUUCUCUACAUAAGCCAAUGUACAUAUUUCUAUUUAGCUUACUUGUAAAUGGGCUGAUUGGGAGUGUAGCUGUUUGGCCUAAGGUUAUGGUCAUCCUCUUGACUGGUGAUAACACAAUCUCAAUUGCAGGGUGCCUUAUUCAAACAUUUCUCGUAAUAACGUACGGCGCUUGCAACUUCACAAUACUAACAGUAAUGGCUUAUGACAGGUUCCUCUCCAUCUUUAACCCACUGCAGUACCACACCAUCAUGACCCCACAGAAAGUAAGGCAGUUGUUGUUUGCUGCAAGCUUCACGCCUGCCGUUCUGAUACUCAGCCACAUAUGUCUGACUUCACAGAUACCCCUGUGCAAACACAACAUUCAGAGAAUAUUUUGUGAUAAUUUAUCAUUUCAUGCUUUAUCAUGUUUUGAAACCAUUCAAGGUCUGGUGAGCAACCUGUAUGGUAUAUGUCUGUUCGUCGGCUUUGGAGUUGUCCCUCUAUUCCUUGUUUUUCUGUCAUAUUAUAAAAUUAUAGUGUUAAGCUUAAAAGCCUCGGGAAAUGCGAGAAAGAAAGCCUUUGAAACAUGCACUCCACAUUUGAUUAUUUUUAUAAAUUUUUCAUUCGCCUCAUUCUUCUCUGUCAUUUACAUACGUUUUAAUCCUCAUUCAGAACACAUGUUUCUAUCUAUAUUUUACAAUCUUUUUCCUCCACUGUUGCACCCACUUGUAUAUGGUCUAAAAAAUAGGGAGACAAGACAAAGUUUGUCAAAAAUUAGGAGGAGGGUCGUUUUUGCUCUGUCUGAAUGUCAGACCACUUCCAAAUUUUAA